GCGUCAUGGAACCUCUACAAUAUCUGUGAACGUUGGGUAAACACGGGAUUGAAGUGAUAGCUCGUCUCCAGAUCUGGAUCAAACUUAUAUUUCUAGUUAUAAUUUAAAUGUUAUUAGCUGAAACUGAUUAGCCACAUCGGCCGGCAAUUACAUCUGUCCGUUUACAUAAAUAUAAUUAAGUAAAUCAUAGCCAAUUGAAGAUAGGUUGAGUACAAUGAAUUCAGCAGGAGGCAAGGCUCCUGGGGCGCAGCCAAUUCAGGAGUACAGCAUUCGUGUCCCGAAAACAUCCAAGAAGAAGCACAACGUGAUGCGGUUCAACGCUAACCUGCGGGUCAAUUUCUCGGAAUGGUCCCAAGUGAAGAUGGAGCGUGAGAACAACAUGAAGGAGUUCAAGGGGAUCGAUGAGGAGCUACCGAAAUUCGGAGCUGGAUCUGAGUUCGGUAGGGACGCAAGGGAGGAGGCCAGGAGGAAGAAGUUUGGAAUAACGAGUAAGAAGUACAAACCAGAGAAUCAGCCCUGGAUAUUGAAAGCCGGUGGACGAACUGGUAAGAAGUUCAAAGGAAUCAGAGAAGGUGGUGUCAGUGCCAAUGCAGCUUAUUACGUGUUCACACAUGCCUCGGACGGUGCCAUCGAAGCAUUCCCACUUCAAGAGUGGUACAAUUUCCAGCCGAUUCAGAGGUAUAAGGCCCUCAGCGCUGAGGAAGCCGAGGCAGAGUUCAGUCGUCGUAACAAGACUAUGAAUUAUCACGCUAUAAUGGUUCGCAAGCGUCUGAGAAAUGACGAAGAUGGGAACGAAGAGGAUGCAGAGUUGGCUGAGGGUGGUAAGAAGUCCAGAGGAUCCAAAAAAGAAAAGGAGCUGAAGAUCUCUGAAAUGGAUGAGUGGAUGGACAGCGAUGACGAGGACUCUGACAGUGACGAGGAAAAGGACAAGAAGGCAUCUGAUGAUGAGGCUGAUGGAGGUGCGAAGAAGAAGAAGAAGAAAGGAAAAGUGGUUCCGAAAAAAAAGAAGAAAGAUGCAUCAGAUGAUGAAGCCAUGGAGGAGAGUGAUGACGGAGACGAGGAAGGGCGUGAAUGCGAUUACAUAUCGGAUUCAACGGACUCAGAAGCAGAGGCAGAAAGCAAUAAGAUAAAAUCAGUAGCCGAGGAGGAUGCACUGCGAAAAUUACUGGCGUCGGACGAUGAAGACGAGGAUGAACAAAAAGACAAGACUGAGAAGGAAGAUGAGUCUGAUAACGACGAAAGCAAGGAUAAGGAUGAUAAGGAGAAAGCGAAGGACGGUGAUAAGCGAAAAGACAAGGACAAAAAGAAGAAGAAGAAACCGACUGCCAAUAAGAAGAAGGAUUCAGUCAAAAAGAAUGGAAAAGAAUCAUCGAGUGAUUUUUCCAGUGACUCGGAUACUGAUUCUGACGCUGCGAAGGAGAAGGAUAAGAAGGAUAAUAAAGUCAACAGUGCACAGAGUUCGAGGUCAGCUACACCAGUUCUUGGUCCCUCCAGCUCUGACAAUAUCAAGAGGAAAAUGACGUCAUCUCCGGACAUCUCGCAGUCUAAAAAAAUCAAAUUAGAUAAUUUCAAUUCUGCGCCUUCGAGCUCUUACAUUCCUGGACUGAGUGAAUCCGGAAUUACCGAGGAUGCAGUGCGUCGUUAUUUGACGCGUAAACCAAUGACAACAACAGAAUUACUGCAGAAGUUUAAAUCAAAGAAAACCGGCCUGAAGUCCGAUGACUUAGUCAACGUUAUGACAUUGAUACUAAAGAAAAUAAAGCCAACCCAGCAAAUAGUGAAGAAUAAAAUGUAUUUAUCGAUAAAGCCUCAACCACAUUAGAGGAUUUUUCGUUAUCAUUCUGUUGAAGGUACUUCUAUGUCUCUGAAUCCGCACAAAAGGAUACACGAAUUCUUUCCGAUAUCGACUCAUCCUAGUGCCUUUUUAUAAAUAAUAUAUAAUGAAUAAUAAAUUUGAUUUAUGGUGAUAAA